AUGAAAUUCCGACACGAAGCAUCUGAGUAUUCCUUCCUCCACCAUCCUCCCCCUCCUCUUUUUCUUCCUGCUUCGUUUUUCUUACGCAGCCCUCUCCCUCCGCAAAACCCUAAAACCCGACCCGAUCCAAUCCCAGAACCUCGAUGGCGAGAAAAGCCAUACCCGUUCUGAAACAACUCCUCUCGAAACCGCCAGGCCCCGCCACGCGCCUCAACCCAGCCCGGUCCGUGACGUACAUGCCCCGGCCGGGAGACGGCACUCCACGCCCCGUGACAUUGAUCCCGGGAGACGGGAUCGGACCACUGGUGACCGGUGCGGUGGAGCAGGUGAUGGAGGCGAUGCACGCGCCGGUGUACUUCGAGCGGUACGAGGUGCGCGGGGACAUGAAGAGGGUCCCCGAGGAGGUGAUAGAGUCGAUCAAGAAGAACAAGGUGUGCCUGAAGGGCGGGCUGGUCACGCCCAUGGGCGGCGGCGUGAGCUCGCUCAACGUGCAGCUCAGGAAGGAGCUCGACCUCUACGCCUCGCUUGUCAACUGCUUCAACCUCCCGGGCCUCCCCACGCGCCAUGAGAACGUCGACAUCGUCGUCAUUAGAGAGAACACCGAGGGCGAGUACUCUGGCCUCGAGCACGAGGUCGUUCCCGGCGUCGUCGAAAGCCUCAAGGUGAUAACAAAGUUCUGUUCGGAGAGGAUUGCAAAGUAUGCAUUCGAGUAUUCUUACUUGAAUAACAGGAAGAAGGUGACUGCUGUGCACAAAGCAAACAUUAUGAAGCUUGCAGAUGGUCUGUUCUUAGAAUCUUGUCGAGAGGUUGCGACAAAAUAUCCUGGAAUCCAGUACAAUGAGAUUAUUGUGGACAACUGCUGCAUGCAACUUGUUUCAAAGCCUGAGCAAUUUGAUGUCAUGGUGACACCAAAUCUUUAUGGUAAUCUAGUUGCAAAUACAGCAGCUGGUAUUGCUGGUGGCACAGGAGUCAUGCCGGGAGGCAAUGUCGGGGCUGAUCAUGCUAUCUUUGAGCAAGGUGCUUCGGCAGGGAACGUGGGCAAUGAGAAACUAUUGGAACAAAAGAAAGCCAACCCAGUAGCCCUGCUUCUCUCAUCUGCCAUGAUGCUGAGACAUCUCCAGUUUCCUUCAUUUGCUGAUCGAUUAGAGACUGCUGUGAAGCAAGUGAUAAAAGAGGGCGAGUACCGGACAAGGGACCUUGGUGGACACAGCACAACUCAAGAAGUGGUUGAUGCGGUUCUAGCCGCUCUAGACUGACCCACCGCCACCGUCCUGACCAAUUUUGUGAUUUAUCAUGGAGUUCUUACCUCUCUUGUAUUCUUUUUUUCCCAUCUUCAUAAACACAUAUUUCGCUGAUCACCAUUGAAAUGGCUCCGUUUUUGUCUAAAUAAUAUCAAUUCUAAGAAGGAAUUUUUUUUUUCUUCUUUUUUGGGUAAAAGCAGUCAAGUGAUCAUAUA